AUGAAACGAAAAUGGACCGCGUUGACCAUUGUGGCCUGCUUUACUAUAGUAUCGCCUAUUACUUCUUCCAUGAUUGCCCCCGCUCUUAGCCAUAUAAGCGCUGAUUUCCGGAUCAAAAGUGCAGUGCAAUCGCAACUCACGCUGUCUAUCUUCGUCCUUGCACAAGCCAUCGGCCCACUGUGUCUUGGGCCACUUUCGGAGACCUAUGGACGAACAAUUGUGCUACAGUUCUCUAAUUUAUUCUUUGUUGUUUGGAAUCUGGGAUGCGGUUUUGCUCAGACUCCAGCACAACUGAUGGUGUGUCGUUUCUUUAGCGGUCUAGGCGGAUCCGCACCGCUAGCCAUCGGUGGGGGUAUGUUAAGCGAUUGCUUCCUUCCUGAACAGCGUGGACGAGCAGUAUCAAUAUAUUCGCUGGGGCCACUGCUCGGACCAGCCAUUGGACCUAUUCUUGGUGGCUUCAUCUCCCAGAACACUUCAUGGCGAUGGUGUUUCCACGCAACAACAAUCUUCGCCGCAUUGGUGCAAUUUUGUGGAUUUUUCUUCCUCCAAGAAACCUAUGCGCCUAGGCUUCUCGAGUUGAAGCGAGAUCAGCUACGCAAAGAAACUGGUAACCAAGAACUUCACACUGUAUUCGACAAUUGUGAUCGCACUGUUGUAACAGUGAUCCAAACGGCGUUGAAGAGGCCAUUCAAGCUGCUAGGCACGCAACCCAUAGUCCAAGUACUAGCAUGCUACACGGCCUAUCUCUUCGGGCUGAUGUACCUCAUGCUUUCCACCUUCCCCAUCUUAUGGGUUGAUCGUUAUGGCAUGUCUAUCAGCUCCGGAUCUUUGAACUAUCUCUCCAUAGGUAUUGGAUUCUUUGUCGGUACACAACUUACUUCACCUCUUAUCGACGCGCUGUAUUGCCGUCUGAAGUUCCGCAAUAACGGCAUCGCAAGGCCUGAAUUUCGCGUCCCUAUGUUGAUACCUGCAUCGCUUUUGAUCCCUGUAGGUCUCUUCUGGUACGGAUGGAGCGCGCAAGCCCGCAUGCAUUGGAUCAUGCCUAAUUUUGGCGCUGCGAUCUUUUCUGCGGGCAUGGUGAUGGCGUUUCAAUGUGUCAAUGGAUAUUUAAUUGACUCUUACACGCGGUAUGCAGCGAGUGCCAUUGCUGCAGCGACAGUCUUAAGGAGUCUGGCCGGAUUUGGCUUCCCGUUAUUCGCACCAGCUAUGUAUAAGUCGCUAGAAUUUGGAUGGGGGAACAGUGUACUUGGCUUCAUUGCAAUAGGACUAGGUGUCCCGGCGCCAUUUAUGCUGUGGAAGUUUGGUGAGAAGCUGAGAAGUUUGAGUAGAUUUGCGGCCGGCUAG